AUUAAAAAUGGGCGGUUUGAAUCAACCUGAGCCUUCUGAAUCCUUUUUGUUAGGAGAAGGAGAAAAGAAAAUAACCUUUGAAAUGGACACUAAAGUUCUUAGCGCAGCUACGUUUACCAUUAAGAAAGAAGAUCAUACCCUUGGAAAUUUAUUGCGUGAGCAGCUUCUGAAAGACGAUCAAGUUAUAUUUUCCGGUUAUAAAAAUCCUCACCCUCUACAGCAUGAGAUUAUACUUCGUGUUCAAACACACCACGGAGAGAGUUAUUCCCCUGUUGACGCUCUCCAGAAUGCCAUUAAUCAUCUACUUGUAGACAUUGAAAUUUUAGAAAAUCAAUUUCAGGACGAAGUUGACAAAAAGAAAGAGGUGAAUAAAAGAUUUAUGUUAUAACAUAUCUAAUAA